AUGAAGUUUGGUAAGACCUUCGAGUCCCACCUGACGAUCGAGUGGCGCCAGCAGUAUAUGCGAUAUGCGGAUCUCAAGGAGCUUAUCAAAAAAGGCGUUGAGAAUGCGCCCUCACCGUUAACUGCCUCCGAUUACGAGAUUCAGUCCUAUUACAGGGCCUUUGAAGAGGCCUUCCUUACGGAAUGCCAAACCGAACUAACUGGAGUGAAUAACUUCUUUCUGGAGAAACUUUUGGAAGCUCGGCGAAAGCAUGGCCAUUUGAAGCUUCAACUUUUGGCCAAUUCCCGGGUGCCGGGACAUACAGCCAGUGAUUCCUCGAUCCAUUCUCUACGAACUGAUUCCUCAAGGAUCCAGAAGAAGACCAUGACUACUCGGCAGCUGAGAUAUGCCUAUGCCGAGUUCUAUCUGAGCCUCGUUCUCAUCCAAAACUAUCAGUCUCUAAAUGAAACGGGUUUCCGGAAAAUCUGUAAGAAGUAUGACAAAAAUCUAAAGUCCGGAGCAGCGGGCAAGUGGUUUGAUGACAAUAUAGUCGAUGCUCCCUUUACGGAUGGACGACAGUUGCAGCGCAUGACCACCGAGGUGGAGGAUCUCUAUACUAUUCAUCUGGCGAACGGGGAUCGAUCGUUGGCCAUGGAAAAGCUACGAGUUCCCCCGCUGGGCGAACCCACUCCGCCGGCGAUGGUAUUCCGGGCGGGAAUUGCCUUGGGCGCGCUGAUCAUGCUGCUCCUGGCUACCGCAAUAAGCUACUGGAAACGAGCGCCAUCGGAUGAUCAUACCCCUGGUCUGAUGCCCAUGUUCCGUGGUCCUUUCACUUGGGUGAUCUUUAACUUCUACAUGGCGGCCAAUGUGGCCGGAUGGCAGCAGGCCGGUGUCAAUCAUGUCCUGAUUUUCGAGAUCGAUCCCAGAAGUCAUCUGCAACCUGCCACAUUUUUGGAGAUCGCGUGCACCUUUGGGAUUCUUUGGUCCUUGUCCAUGCUGGGCUUCCUGCACCACGACUCGAUGGGCAUAUCGGAUCCCUUUGUCUUCCCUUUGGCCCUAAUCCUGAUUAUGGUGGGUCUUUUAGUGCUGCCACUGCCUAUCAUGAAUUGGCCAGCCAGAUGGUGGACUAUUAAGUUGUUGGGUCGCGUUAUCACCGCUCCGUUACAUUAUGUGGGUUUCGCCGACUUCUGGAUGGGAGAUCAACUGAAUUCACUAGUCACCUGCAUUGUGGAUUACUAUUACAUACUAAGGUUCUUUGCGAUAAGUUGGCUGCGAACUGAGCGGGUGCAUCACUGCUUCGAGCCGGAUGUGAUUGUCCCGGUUACCAUGUGCUUGCCAGGUUGGUUUCGAUUUGCCCAGUGCUUGAGGCGAUUCCGGGAUAGUGGUUCCAAGUCAGUAAGCUAUCUGAUCAAUGCCGGGAAAUAUGCCACAACGUUUCUGGUGGUGCUGUUCGCCACGCUGCGACGAGAUACUGAGGGUGGGUAUCUCAAUACGUUCAGCAACCCGUACACCUGGCUGUUCCUUGCAAGUUGUUUAGUGGCCACCGUCUACUGCUAUUUGUGGGAUGUUAUGAAGGACUUUGGGUUAUUCACUAUUAUCCGGGGAGAGCAUAUAUUCCUGAGGAAGCAAUUGGUCUACCCACAGGCCUUCUACUACUUUGUGAUCAUUGAGAAUCUGGUUCUGCGGCUGUUUUGGGCCGUGGAGUUUGCCAUUCUGUAUCAUAACUUGAUGACUCCUUAUAAUAUGAAGACCAUUUGCAGUAUUCUCGAGAUUACUAGACGCUUCAUUUGGAAUUAUGUGCGACUGGAGAAUGAGCAUUUGUUCAAUUGCGGAAAGUUUCGGGCCACAAGGGACAUUCAUUUGGCGGCACUGAAUCCUCACCAGGAGCAAAUGCUGGAGCGAUUGAUGGACGAGUCGGAUGGCGUGUCCAAUCGGCGUAAAUCGAAGGAGCGAAUUCGCCUGGGGAAGGAGUACUUCUAAAAGCAGCUGCUGGAUAUGUGUAUUUUCCCUCUCUGAUCUUAGUGCACCCCGAUCUCCUCGUUAAUGGUCCGUCGUCGUCUUUAAUUAAUUCAUUUGUGCAAAAAUACAAGUCAGAUAGAAAGGCAGAGAGACUCGGAGACAGAGCGACUGGAGAAAGGGAGCACGAGGAGCACGCGCCAAACCGGUUGACCAGCUGCACCCAAAACUCCUCUGGUAACUCCCCCGAACUCCCUUCUACAUAUAUAUAUAUAUAUAUAUUUGUCUGUGUAUAUAUAUAGAUAUUAUCGCCCCGCCAGGUAACAAUUGUCAUUGCUGGAAAAGAGGAGCAGUAGAGAGAGGAGGAGAUCCUCGUGGCGAGCUCCCGAUCACGGAUCGCCAUCGCCAUCGAGCAAGCUGUUCGACAAUCUCUUAAUUGACUCGCAUCGAGCUUUGAUUGGCCUCGUAAUUAGCCAGCAAGAAAGGAGGAGAAUGAACCUGAAGAUGAUCUCCGAUCACCCAUUCUAAUCCAGAGAAAGGCAUUCUAAUUGGAGAAAUGUUUCGGUUGCAUAUUUUGUACGUCAUCUUUUGUGUAUAAAACAUUUAGUUGAAAAUGAUAUUAUUGUAUAAAGUUUAUAUCUGAGAUCUUAA